AUGAAACGAUUCACGGGGAUUCUCAAAAGCCAGAGACUUCGUUAUAAUAGCUCUGCUAGAAUGUCCUCGUCGGAUUCAAGCUUAAAUGCGUAUCGAAGCAAGAGUUCGUUCUGCUCUAAAGAAAUGAAAGACUUGAUAGAAGGUGAAGAUCAUGUCGAGUUGAUGAAAAAAUUCACGGAAAUACUGAAGAAUGAUCCUUUGUUUUCGAGAUCGUACUCGAGACCAUCAUUAGAGGAAGCUAGAGAGAUUACCCACCGCAGAUGGAAAAAACUCGUAGAAUACGAUUUCGUUCAGGAUCCUAUGCUGGAUAGCGAUAAGUUUUUAGCCUUGUCGGAAGUGCUGGAGAUAUACGAUCAAGGAUUAUCGGCUCGGUUGAGCUUGCAUAGCAAUGUCUUUUCAUCAGCCGUAGUUUCAAUGGGAACUGAAUCUCACAAUGAAAUACUGGAAAAAGCUCGUCGAAAUGAGAUCGUCGGUUGCUUCUGUUUGACCGAACUCAGUCAUGGUUCCAAUACCCAACUGGUUCAAACCACGGCAACAUUGAAAGGGGAUAAGUUCAUUAUAAACACACCGAAUGAUGAGGCAGUUAAAGUAUGGGCUGGAAACUUGGCCUUUUCCGCAACUCAUGCCGUGGUCUUUGCUCAGUUAUACGUCAGAGAAAAAAACAGAGGUCUUCAUGCUUUUGUCCUCCAAGUGAGAGAUCUCCAAACAUUCCAACCUCUUCCGGGAAUUAAAAUUGGUGAUAUGGGCGAAAAGCCAGGUGCUUGGAACGCCGUCGAAAACGGAUGGAUGGAGUUUAAAAACCAUGAAGCUCCAAUGUGCUCCUUGUUAAAUAAGGGAUUAAAAAUAACGCAAGAUGGGGAGUAUAUAAGUAGCUAUAAAUCCGCAAGUGAAAGGCAAUCCGUUAGUCUGGGUGCUUUAUCUAUAGGAAGAAUUGGAAUAAUUGGAAAAGGGAUUCAAGCAUGUGGAUUAGCUUCAACUAUUGCUAUCCGCUAUAGUGUAUCUAGAAAGCAAUUUGGGCCUCCUGGUGAAGAUGAGAUACCAGUUCUGGAAUACCCUCUGCAGCAGCAUCGCAUUUUCCCCUACCUUGCUUCACAUAUUGCUAUUAGAAUUUUUCAUAGAAAAUUUUUGGAAUAUUUCAAAGAAUAUAUGAUAAGAAUGAUUGGAGGCGAGAAGUCAGACGAGCUGGCUGAGUUUUCAAAAGAGGUACACGCAUUGUCUUCAUCAGCAAAGCCUGUUUCAACAUGGCUUGGGGUCGAAGCAUUGGCUGAAGCGAGACGAGCCUGUGGAGGUCAUGGCUUUUUACACUCCGCACGUUUGAAUGAGUUGAGAGACUCAUAUGACCCUUCGCAAACUUUUGAAGGUGAGAAUAAUAUACUUCUACAGCAAACCAGCAAUAUUCUCCUCACAAAGGCAAAAUCAACAGAUUUCUCCAGCCCCAUGUCCACAUUUACCUGUUUGCAAAAUGUGCCCACACCAUUUUUCAGUUUCAGCCAAUAUCCUCUUAAUGAUAUCUUACUUGCCUAUAAAUGGCUUAUACAGUACUUAAUUAAAAAAACUAAUUCGAUCUUCAAUGACUAUAAAGACAAGGGAAGCUUCGAAGCUCGAAACUUUUCGCAAAUAUAUGCUGCUCAUCCUCUUUCCAUCGCUUAUGCUGAGCAUACUAUAAUUUCCUGGUUCAUCGAGUUCAUUGCUGAAGUAGAAUGCUCUAAACUAAAAAAGGUUCUCGAACAAGUUUGUCUUCUAUACAGCGUGUUUGCAAUCGAAAAACAUUUGAUGCAUUUCUACAUAGGAGGGUAUGCCAAAGGGGAAGCAUUUGGACUUGGUAUACAAGAACACAGAAAAUCAGUACAACAAUUGCUCUUGCCAAAUAUAGUCGCUUUGGUAGAUGCUGUAGCGCCUGACGAUUUUCUGUUACACUCAACUUUGGGAAAUGAGGAUGGACGUGCUUAUCAACAUUUGAUGAAAGAGUUCCGUAAUAAUGAAUUCGAAAAAGUUCGACCAGAUUGGUUGAAAGAUCUUUCCGAAUUUUUACUUUCCAGAAAGAACUUGAAGAGCAAACUAUAA